AUGCCCAUGUAUGCAGGGAUACCACGUGUGCGAGUAAACAUCUGCAUGCGUGUGGUUGUACCGAGCACCAGCCCCCCCAGUGCCCUCGUGCCCGACCCCAGGGCUCCUGGCCCCCCGGCCGCUGCUCGGGAAGGACAGGGCGGGACCCCGGGCGGCCGGCUCCCAGCCCGUCUGCCCUCCCCGGGCUGGGGUGAGCACCCAGGCGGCGCUAACCUCCCCCCCACUGCGGGCACAGAGCUGGAGGUGACGGUGCGGGUGCUGCUCUACGGGCUGAUCUUUGCGCUGAGCGUGCUGGGCAACGCGCUGGUGGUGGCGGUGCUGGCCCUGAACCGGCGCCUACGCACGGUCACCAACGCCUUCCUGCUCUCGCUGGCGCUGAGUGACCUGCUGUUGGCGCUGUGCUGCAUGCCCUUCACCCUCGUCCCCAACCUCAUGGGCACCUUCGUCUUCGGCGACGUCGUCUGCAAGCUCAUGGCCUACCUCAUGGGCGUGUCGGUGAGCGUCUCCACCUUCAGCCUGGUGGCCAUUGCCCUGGAGCGCUACAGUGCCAUCUGCAACCCGCUGCAGUCGCGGGCCUGGCAGACGCGCUCGCAUGCCGCCCGUGUCAUCGCCAGCACCUGGCUGCUCUCGGCCCUGCUCAUGCUGCCCUACGCCGUGUACAGCACCACGGUGCCGCUGGCCCGGCCCCCGCGGCCCCCGCUCUACCAGUGCCUCCACUCCUGGCCCAGCCAACACUUCAAGCAGGCCUGGUACCUGCUGCUGCUGAUGAUCCUGUUCUUCGUCCCCGGCGUGGUGAUGGCCGUGGCCUAUGGGCUCAUCUCGCGCGAACUCUACCAUGGCAUCCGCUUCGAGAUGGACAUGAAGAGGGAGGCUGGCGGUGGCCGGAGUGGCGGAGAGGCAGGCAGCGAGGAGGGCGAUGGGUGCUACGUGCAGCUGAUGCGGGCGGGCGGCGCGCUGGAGCUGGGUGCGCUGAGCGGCGCGGGGCCGGAGCGGGCGCGCAGCAGCCGGUCGGAGGCGCAGCUGGGGGCCAAGCGGCGUGUGAUCCGGAUGCUGGUGGUGAUCGUGGCGCUCUUCUUCCUGUGCUGGCUGCCCGUCUUCACCGCCAACACAGGGCGCGCCUUUGCCCCGACCGCCGCGCAGCGUGCCCUGGCCGGCACCCCCAUCUCCUUCAUCCACCUGCUGUCCUACGCCUCGGCCUGCACCAACCCACUCGUCUACUGCUUCAUGAACCGCCGCUUCCGCCAGGCCUUCCUGGCCACCUGCACCGGCACCUGUCCCUCCUCCCGCCGCGCCCGCCGGCCCCCUGCCGAUGAUGAUGCCACCGCAACCGCCCCCGCCCUCUCCAAGGGCAGCUACACCACGGUCAGCAGCAUCGGGCCCCUCUGAGCUCACCCCCCCGCCACUGCAGGAUGCCCCGGGUCCAGUCCAAAGAGCGUUGUCCCCCCACCUGGGCCUGGCCUGGGGCCGGUGCCUUCUGCGCUGGCAUGGGGGUGGGGGGGCCGGGCCACGCUGGCUGAAGGGUUGGGGGCCCGGGGCCAGCCCCCCCCAGCCUGAGCUCCCAGGGCCGGCCCUGCCCAGUUGGUGCCCUGGCAUCUUGCAUUAAUCUGGCCCCCCUCCCUGCCGCGCCACCUCGUGAUGUGUCGUCCGCGCGCCUAUGCCGUCAGCAGAGCCCCCCACUCAAUAAAGCCUGGGACUUGGCUCUUGUGCCCCGUGUCU